AUGACCGAUGAAAAUAAAUGUGUGGAUUGUCAAACUAUGACUAAUUUAAUAGCACAUCGACGACAUGCACAUGGUUUAUGUGAUGGUUAUCCGACAAUAUUAUUUUAUGCUCGUGAAAUGCAAAAAUUAGCUGAAGAAAUUCAAUCAUAUAGUAAAGAACAUAGAAUUGAAUUAGGUGAAAUUGAUUGGAAAGUAUUUCCUGAUAAUUGGCCAAAUAUUUUUAUACGUAAUUCUGAACAAAUUCGUCAUAGUCAUGUUAUAUUUUUAGCUUCAUUUCAUAAUCCACAAACAAUAUUUGAACAAAUUUCAUUACUUUAUCAUUUACCAAAAUAUCUUUGUCGAUCAUUAAAAGUUUUGUUACCUUAUUUUCCAACAGGUACAAUGGAACGUAUUCAAAUUCAAGGUGAAAUUGCAACAGCAUAUUCACUUGCACAAAUGCUUUCAUCAAUACCAUUAACACGUACAGGUCCAUCUGAAGUUAUUAUAUUUGAUAUACAUGCAUUACAAAAUCAAUUUUAUUUUUCAUCAAAUAUUAUUGUUCGUCUUGAAUCAACAGUUGAUUUAUUAUUAGAUGAAUUAAAAGAAUCAGAAAAUCAAAAUGAAAAAUAUGCUAUUGCAUUUCCAGAUGAUGGAGCUCAUAAAAGAUUUGGUCAAAUGUUUGAUGAAAUGACAUAUCCAAUAGUAAUAUGUAGUAAAAUUCGUGAAGGUGAUAAACGUAUGACAACUAUUAAAGAAGGUGAUCCAAAAGGUUAUCAUUGUAUAAUUAUUGAUGAUUUAGUACAAUCAGGUGGUACACUUAUUGAAUGUGCACAAACACUUUUAGAUAAAGGUGCUGUUGAUAUAUCAGCUUUUGUUGGUCAUGGAAUAUUUCCAAAUGAAAGUUGGAAAAAAUUUCUUCAUUCAAAUAAUCCAAAAGUUCGUUUCAAUACAUUUUAUGUUACAAAUACUUAUCCAAAUACACAAGUGUUAAUUGAUAAACCUCCAUUUAAAGUAUUUUCUAUUGUCCAACUUUUAUGUAAUAUUUGUUUUCAUUGA